CCCACCCACUCUCUUUUUCCCCUUUCUCUUUCAUUUUUCUUCCUCCCUUUCUUCUUUUCUAGUGGCUAUGGCUAAACCAUAACCUCAAAAAAGAAAAAAAGAAAAGGAAAAAAACCACCCUUUCCUCUUUGUUUUGAAGCUUCCAUAAAAGCUUCAUAAUCUCUCAUUCUUCCAUUUCUUCUUUUUUUUUUCCCUCUUUCUUCUCAAAGACUACUUCAUCAUCAUGAUCUCAUGUAUCCUAAGAAGAAGAACUUAGUCCCAACUCCCAUGAGCUAAUAGCUUCUCUUUUUGUUUCCUGGUUUUUGAUCUUAUUAUUUUAAUCUAGUUUUGGUCUGGUCCCCCUUUUUUUUGUAUUUGUUCAUCAAAAAAGCCUUUCAGUUCAAGAAAUGACAAUGAUAUGAGUAGAUUUUUUCUUUUCUUCCCCUCCUAAAUAUAUCCAUUUCUGAAGGGUUUUAUUCCUUUUCUAAUUUUCUUUUUUUUUUGUUACUGGAAGAGAUUCUCUGUUUUCUCUGCUUAGCCUUUUGUUGUCCUGUUUUUUGGUUUAGAAGUUAUGGAUUCCGGUAAUAGUGGGAGUAUGCAGUCUUCAAGUGGCGGAGAAGAUGAGUAUGAUUCCCGGAGUGAAUCCAUCUCGUCUUUCCUGAAUUCAUCCGCUCAUUUUGGUUCAAUUUCUGAUACACAGCAGCCGGCGGCGCCGCCGCAACUUCUGUCCCACGCGCCACCCACUCUGUUCAAUCAUCAAAAUCUGGAUGCUUUUCAGCAAACACUGGGCAACCCAAGUGGGAACAACACGAAUCAGUUCGGAAACCGUCAUCAGAACGAUCAAUUGCUCUGGUCCAGAGGCUUAAGAUCCGAUCCCGGCAACAACAAUUAUCCAAACAACUUUGGGAAUAUUUCAUCCGUCUCGUCAUCAAGCCAGCAAACUGUUCUUAAUGUUCAAGCUGGCCUUCAUCAGUCUCAGCCCGCCAUUGAUGCAAAUAAUGCUGCUAAUAAGGCUUCUUCUGCCGCCGGAGGAAUCCAACCGGAUCAUCAUCACCAGCCAAACACGGCGAAAAAUCCCAAAAAGCGAACCAGAGCAUCCCGGCGGGCUCCCACAACAGUUCUGACCACGGAUACGACCAAUUUCCGGCAAAUGGUUCAGGAAUUUACCGGGAUUCCGACCGCCCCUUUUUCUGCUGGAUCCCCAUAUUCAAGAAGGCUUGAUCUUUUCUCCGGUGCCGGAACAGGAUUGCAAUCAAACAUAAGAUCGGCAGCUGGGCAUUUGGAUUCACUCGGGCCACUUUAUCCUCUAAGGCCAUCAGCACAAAAGGUUCAUCAUAAUCAGAUUUCUCCAACGCCUUCACUGUUGAACUCAUCAAGUAUUAUGAUUGAUUCUCUGGUUUCAAGUUCUACCAAUUCAGGAAUGGCUUUGAACAUGCAGAAUCAGAUGCUUUCAUUUCAAGGGAAUAACAACAAUAACAACAAUUCUUCAAAUUCCUCUGCUGCAAUUCCUUCUUUUCUUCAACACCCUUCACUUAAACAACAGCAGCCAUCAUCCAUGCUUACUGGGAAAUCACAGGGGAUUAGUAGUAACAACAAUACAAGUGGUGUGGUUCCUUCUUUUGAUGAGUUGGGAUUAGGCCGCCAUGAUCAGAAUGUGAAUGUGAAUGCAAGCUUGGAUAAUAGUAGUACUGGGUUAUUCCAAAAUUCUUCUGCAAUGGGAAACUAUAGUUCUAAGUUUAAUUGCUCAGCUUCAACAACAUCAGAGUUUCUUCAUCAUCAUGAUAAGGGUUUGGAGAAUGUCACUUCAGGAGGGGAAGGUACAGUGGGAUCAUGGAUUUGUCCUUCUGAUUAAAUUAUUUCAUUAGUUUUUUUUACUGUACACAACUUAAAAUUUUACAUUAGGAAUAUAUAUGAAGCAAAACAUGAGGGUUUUUUUAGUCUUAGAGAAAAUCAUGUGUUAGUGUCAAAUAUAUGUGUUUCUCUGACGAUCAAAACAUGUGUAUUUAUUCUUAAUAACUUUGAUCAUUGAUCAAUUUCAUUUCUUCCUUCUUUAUUCGGUUUUUUAUUACAUAGUUAUGAUGUCUUGUUCAUUUAUUUCCUCUAAAAUUUUUCAUCAGUUGGGUUCCUUUUAUUUUGCAUUAGAGAUUACAUUUUCUGUCUCAGUUUACACGAUUAUAAGUCAAUAUGCUGGAUAUUUACCACUACACCAAAUACCACCAUUUGACUCCCACAUUGGCCGCCUUGAAAGCCUUUGUCGAAUGGCAAAGUAUAAUUUAGUCCCACUCUCUAAAAAAUAAUUUACAUUUAGUCGUGAA